AUGGAUAAACUCAUAUCUCCAGUGCAAUGUGCCUAUAUUAAAGGAAGGAAGGUUAUUGAUGGCACUCUAAUUACUUUUGAGUUGGCAGAUUCCAGACUUAAAUCAGGUAAUGCUGGUAUUAUUUGCAAAAUUGAUCUUGAGAAAGAUUUUGACAGAAUAAAUUGGAAGUAUUUGGAGUUUUUACUCAUUCAGAUGUGUUUUAACAGAAAGUGGUGUAAAUGGCCGAGGUUCCGCGGCUCUACUUCCUCUUUUUCUGUUCUUAAAAAUGAUUCUUCUUUUGCUUACUUCAGUAGUACCAUAGGUGUGAGUCUAGGUUGUCCAUUAUCAAAAUUAUUGUUCAAUAUUGCUAUUGAAGGCUUUUCAAGAUACAUGGAUAAGAAAAUUCAUUCGAAUCUUUUUAGUGGUUUUUCUGUCUUACCCUCUAGUGUUAUCGUGAUUCAUUGA